CAACGAAAAUGGAGUCAUUUUUGGAAAACGAAGAUUUAAAUGGGAAUUUCGAAACACGAUGGGAUCGAAUUGAAAAGAGGCACAUCAAUUCGGCCAUUGUCUACGAGCGAACGGACGCAGCAGCCGAAAUUUGUAAAAAUCUGAUACAAAACAAAGAAUUUGUGACGGAGAAUCAUUUGAAGACGUUGCUCGGUGAAAAACCGAAGAGACUUUGUUUGGAUCCCAAUCUCGUGAUGGAUUUACGACACUCAAAAGUUCGAAGACGUAAUAAAAGUGCCACAUCGACAAUCCGACGACGUGCAAAAAGUUUUGUGGACGAACGCCUGCAUAUACAAAAAAUGUUUGAGUUAAAUCGCGAAAUUCUCAAGUUUAAAAAAAGUUUGGAGAACAUUCGACCCAAGACGGACGAGUACAAGUCAAAUGUCAUAUGCAACUCAGCAUGUUCGGAGAGUGAUUUGAAAUUUAAUAUGCUAUUCCGCACAGUUAGCGAUGAUGAUGAUGAACAAGUUCGACCGCAAAGCUGCACGAUAAAGGAAUUAGAAAUGGCCAAAAAUGGACCAAGAGUAGAAGAGAAAGAAGCGAAAGAAGAAAGAGAAGAAGAAGAAGAAUCAGAAGAAGUCGAAGAAGAAGAAACAUAUGACGUCGAAUAUAAUGAUAAUCAAAUGACUAGGUCAUUGUCACCAUUCACAAUUCCAUCUGAAUAUUUGAUAGACGAAAGUUAUACGACAAACGGUAUAGACGUCGAUAAUUCAGUACAACAGCAACUGAUUCGAAAAGAACCCGAAAUCGUAUCACCGUGCAGUUCAAUGCAAACGGAACUGCAGACAGUGAUUUCGCCACAGCCAAUAUCACAAGAGAUACGCCAAUUGCAUGAAGAUUUUGAGUUUAUCAUCAAACCAACGAUUAUGGUGAAUAUUCAGGACACGAUACAUCCGAAUUUACCUUAUCAAUUUGAUUGUGAUCGUUCUGAAUGCCAAGCAAAGCCAACUAGUUUUCUUCGUGAAAGUAAAAUUGCCGUCAAUCAACAUAUGUCAAUUCUCAUCAAAAAACUAUCGACUGAAAUUGUCGACAAGAAAAGCACUUACGAUUUCUACAUGAAUGAAUCGACCGAAGGGAAUGACAUCAUUAGAGAUGUCUUCAAUAAAAAAUCGCAGGAUAACUUUUUGAUUUUACAAAAAUAUUUCCUUCGGUGGGUUCAUUUUAAUACGAUUGAAAAGUUGCGGCGUCGCAAUCCAGCACAGACUCGACUACAGAAAAUGGAAGCAUUCCUGCAGAAUAUUACGCUGGAACGGAAACGAGCAUUGCAUAAAUUGCGACGGCCGGGAAAUAUAAUGGCAUCAAGUCAUGGCGAUGAGUAUAAACGAAUGGCGUUGCAAGAUCCAUGCGCUAAAUCACCACGUUUGCUUAUGAGAACAUACAAUAACAAGCUCAAAACUCAGCAAGACAUCAUUGAAUUGCAGAAAAUCAAAUUGCAGCGCCAGCAACGCAUCAUUACCGAAAUGAAACUUUCGAAAUUGCUCGAAGAUACGAGCGAAGCUGAGAGUCACCUUAAAGAGGAAUUGAGUAUGGUUGCUCGGACUGGAUGCCAAAAUUCUCGAUCAAAAGCCAAGUGCUUGCAAAUUGCGGGCAAUCUGAAGGAUAAAGAGGAUGACAUAAAUACUGAUCUACAGGCCAAGGGAAUAACAGCACCAAAAUUUCUCAUAGAAAUGCAAGCGAGGGCUUUAGAGCGUGAAAUGAGACACCAAGAAGCACAACGUCGUCGUGAAGCCUUAGAACGUGAGAAAGAAGCAUUGAAAUUGGCCGCUGAAGAAGAAAAGCGUCUCCUGAAUGAGGAAUCGAAACGCGAUCGCAUCAGAGAGUAUUGGCGUAAACGGCGUUUUGAGAAGGAGCUCGAAGCGAAGAAAGCCGUUGAACGUAUGAAAUUCCUUGCAAAUAUGGAGCUGGCGAAGACAUUCUGCCGUUCACAGCAACUAAAAUGGUCCAUGGAGAAGUUUAAAAACCUUAUCCGUUGGAAGAAUCGCAACAAAAUAGUGAGCACUGAGCUUCGUCAGCGAAUUCUCUACCGGGACUAUUUCCAAAAGUGGCGAAAACUCACCGUUCGCAUUUGGGAUGAGCGAAAAGCAAAGGCUGAUGCAUGCUAUAAUCUUCACUGCAAAUUGAGCGCAUGGUCAAAGUGGCAAGAAUUCUUCCUGAUUGCACAGAGUAAAAAACUUUUGGCAGAUGAUUGGUACCAUUUACGACUAUCAGAGCGUGUAUUCCGUGCUUGGAAUCGGGUGACAGCACAAACGAGACUGGUGUUUGAGAUCAAAACCAAACAAGCCGAAGCACAUUUCAACUGGUACAUGAAGUGGAAAGUAGUAGAGCAUUGGCGACGCUUACACGCUAUUCUCAAGAUUGAAAAAGAAACCGAAGCUCGUCGCGAACGCUGGAGAAGCAAAAUCUAUGAGCUGAUUCCCGAUUACACGCCAAACGUCGAAUUUAUUUGAACUUUUAAAUCAGAUAUCGUUUUAUUCAUAUCGUUCUCAUGAUUCCAUUACAAAUUAAAUAUACAAAAAAGUAACAUGACAAUGCUGUUUUUUUAUUGUUCUUUGAGUUUGGCAAGAAUUUCUGC